AAAGCCUGCUUUUCAAGUCGUAGAUCGCCAUUUAUUUUUGUGACGUCAUCUGUGCAACGUAGCCAGGACCACUUGGACAUGCGCAUUACAAAUGUCAUUUCAAGAUGGCCGCUCGAUUUGAUUUGAACCAGCUGAAGGCUCAGAUCAACAAAAGUCUCGGAGAUGCUUCAGUUGUAGUGAAAGCCUCUUGUGGUCUUGUUACACUCCUGUAUUUACUGACAUUUAGUGGUCCCGUUUGGCCUGCUUUAGCCGUUUGCCCUGGAUACUUAAUUCCACCAAAGCUCAGAAUAUGGACGCUCAUAACAGGUGGUUUCCUAGAGUAUAGAUUUUGGAAUGUUGGUAUUGAUAUUGCAGUUCUGGUAUUAUGUGGGAAGUUUAUUGAGCCCUUGUGGGGUGCUUUAGAGUUUUUAAAGUUCGUUUUAAUAUUAAAUGUUGGGACAUCUUUGUUGAUCUCAGUUGUGUGCCUGGCUUUAUACAUGGCAACCUUCAACUUGCACAUAUGGUUUUUCCAGUUCAGUGGAAUGACAGGCAUCAUAUCUGGGAUGCUGGUUGCAUUUAUGCAAAUCAACCCUGACCAAGAACUCCAGGUUUCCAGUGUGGGAGUCAAGAUUAAGCAAGUACCAUCCCUCCUGGUACUGCUCUACCUGGUAUUGGUGCUGGUUGGUUUGCUCCCCAUGGUACAGCUUGGCAUGGUUCUAUCUGGAUUAUUUAUUGGAUGGGUGUAUUUGAGGUUUUACCAACCCAGAGCAAGAGGCGUCAAGGGUGACUUGAGCGAGGGGUUUGCUUUUGAUAAUUUCUUCCCAAAGAUGGUUCAGGGCCCUAUUUCCACACUAUCCACAAUAGUAUUCAACAUAAUGAUUAAAGUGGGGAUCUGCUCCAAGCCAGUCCGCACAUACGAUGUAGGUGCACCAUCCGCUAUCACCAUUAGUCUGCCUGGGAUGGACCCCGCUGAUGCCGAGCGCCGAAGGCAAAAAGCUUUAAAAGCCCUAAAUGAACGGCUACAAAAACUGGAACAGUCACAGUCAAACUGGCCCACAAUGGAGGACCAAGGAGAGCAUGAUGAAAGUAGUCCCUCAAGCCCAGGCCCUGAUGGUGAUGUACCCACCGUUGUUGUUGAUAAGGGAGUCCAAGACAUAACCACCACCCCAAAACCUCCUCCAAAUGUAACCAUCACAUAGCGAGUUGUAAAAAAAUUUAAUAGUUGAAUAAUAUUGCUCAGAUUAGAUAGGAAUUUGGGCUAUUUUAAGGUAAUUGUAUCAUGUAUUUAAAAGUAUUUCUGGGCCAUAGCAGAUAUAUUGGGGUCGUGAUAGACAUUAAAAAGACUGGGGGGCAAUUCUACUCCAUGACUGGUCAUUUCCUGGAAAUUUUAAAAUAUAAGGGCCAUGACCCCUGGCCUCUCCCCGACAAUACCUCUCUUGAACAAACCUUUAAAAUUAUUUAUCCUUAGCAAGUCUCCUUUAAAAUGACCACCAGGUGUUAUUAUAAGAUCGAUUUGAUAAGAGUAUUUUACGUAGCGUGCGAGCUGGCACUAGGGUAAUUCCGAGGUGCAUGUUUUUUUAUUGUUUUAAAAUUUUUCUAACCAAAACACUCCCAAAUAAGUUCCUUUGGAGCGCAGGCAUCUUUUCACCAUCGCAUGGUUAAUUUGCCGGGGAUACUUUGACAACACCAUGUAGAGGGCUUUAUUUUCCUUUGCUGUUUUAAGGAAAUUUCAAGUGUACAAUAUACAUUGGCCGUGGGACAGGAUGAUGA